AAAAAAACUUGCAUAUCUCAGUCUGCUGCAAUUCAGACGCACAGAUUAACGCUUCGAUACAUGCGUGACAUGGCAGCUUGCAGCGGCUGAAAAGUUUGGCAAUUCAAGAGCGCUCCGGACAGCAGGCAGCACUGCCCAAAAUGGGCCGCCCGCAUGGUGUAGCGGUUGCGACGCCCCGUAUGGUCAUAGCGGUGGUGGCCACGUUGAUCACCUGCCUGGCAUUACUGGCGACGCAGCUCGAGUUCGAUCAUAGGGAUCCGCACGAGACCAUCCACCACAACCGGCCGCACCCGCGCCACGCGACGCCGCGGCCGCGGCCCAUGCGCGUCAAGGGCGAGAACGUCUUGCUUAAAAUACAGAACAAGCUCGUGGCGACGACCGACGCGCCCUACGUGUGUGUGUCUUUGGACUGGUGGCCCGAUGAAAAAGUAGAUUGGAGCCACCACACCUGGAACGCGUCGAGCGUCGUCGCCUUGCAGGAGGUGCGGACCGAGCUGAAGAGAGCUCUCGCUUCGUUGCACCCCGUGGCGUUAAGGGUCGGCGGCACGCUGCAGGAUUUAGUAGCUUAUGAUUCGGAAGAUCGAGCGAGCCCGUUCGACAUGUCCUGUCCAUCAAGUUUCCGACCGGCCGGCGACCGGGCGGCGUUCGAAGGGGCGUGCGUCACCUUAGACCUGUACGAUGCGAUAGAAACGCUCGCUUACGAUACGAAAACACCCUUAGUUUUUGGCCUCUCGGGCCUCCACGGUCGCGUACGAGAGGAAGGCGCGUGCCCCAAGUGCGACUCUAAAAAUUGCGACAAGUGCUGGACCGGCAGAUGGUCCGCUACUAGUGGAGGCGCGCGGUCGUUGCUGCAACGAGCCGCAUUUCAUGCGAAGCGUGGACGGGGCGCGUUGGCCGCCGUCUCAUUGGGCAACGAGCUGUGUGGCCAGGGCGGCAUCGCCGCGCACCUAUCACCGGCAGAGUUGGCGGCCGACUUCCGGCGACUACGGGUGGAAAUAGACGCUUUAUUUGAAGGGACGAGGACGUCUAUAUCUUCCAAAGGACGACCCUACGUCGUCGGCCCGGACUGCCAGCUGCCUCUGGAGAGGGCCUACGAUUUCUACUCAAACUUCGAAAAAGAAGCGAACGUCGAUGCGUUAGCGUUUCAUUUGUACUGGCUCGGCGCUGGUAAGUUAUGGAGACCGUUCAAGAAAAAAUUAUUCGAUAAAAUUCUGGGAAGCGCCUGGCCGCUGGGCCGGGGCUUUUAUGCGUUCGUGAACGCCUACACGAAGGCCUCCCGGGAUACGCCGCUGUGGAUCACGGAGGCCGGCGGCAUGUAUGGGUCUGGUGGGAUAAAUGUGACGUCCUCCUUCGCGUCGGCGUUUUGGUAUCUGGACGAGCUCGGGGAAUCGGCCAAGAAGUCCAUCCAAGUUCAUUGUAGGCAGGCAUUAGUUGGCGGUCAUUAUGGGUUGACGAGGCGUCUUGGUGAUCGCCUGGUGCCGCGGCCUGAUUACUUUGCUACAAAGCUGUGGGCGGCGGUCAUGGGGCCCCGCGUUUUAAGCGCCCAGAUCCGUGAUCCAUCAAUCGAGGAUGCCUACGCGCCCGCGCCCGUGGCCGAUUGUCGGGCCUACGCGCACUGCCACCGGACACAAAUCGGCGACGUUUCACUGGUUGUGUUGAACGGGGCGUCUCGCGUCGCGCGGCGCGUCGCGCUGCCCGACGAGUUCGCGUCCUUAUCGCGCCUCGAGUACCACAUGACGGCGCCGUUGGACGUCUUCGACGAUCGGGUGCUGCUGAACGGUGUUCUGCUGAAUACGGUCGACGCGGAGCUGGUGCCGCGGCGCGUCGCGGGCGGGCCGCUGACGCUGGCGCCGGCGUCGUACGUCGUCGUCGUCGUGGAGGGGGCGAAGUUUGGGCCUUGUUUGGGGUAGUUUAGUUUUGCUUAGCGCUA